AUUACUUCCUUUUUGACUCUUUCCGGGCAUUCAAGAUGUCGAAGCGAGGACGUGGUGGGUCCUCCGGAGCGAAAUUCCGGAUAUCCCUGGGUCUUCCGGUAGGAGCUGUGAUCAACUGUGCUGACAAUACAGGAGCCAAAAAUUUGUAUAUCAUCUCUGUGAAGGGAAUCAAGGGACGACUGAACAGACUUCCUGCUGCGGGUGUGGGCGACAUGGUGAUGGCCACGGUUAAGAAAGGCAAACCAGAGCUAAGAAAAAAAGUCCAUCCAGCCGUUGUAAUUCGACAACGAAAGUCAUAUCGAAGAAAAGAUGGGGUGUUUCUCUAUUUUGAAGACAACGCGGGGGUCAUAGUAAACAAUAAAGGCGAGAUGAAAGGUUCUGCUAUCACGGGCCCAGUUGCAAAGGAGUGUGCGGACUUGUGGCCCAGGAUUGCAUCAAAUGCAGGCAGCAUUGCGUGACUCUCCAGUGCAUUUGUAAAAUAGAUUCAUUAAAAGGUUUUCUUGACACCUUCACCAAUGCCAGCUUUGUAGAUGGAAACUGCUGAAUGCCAACUCUGUGUGUGACCUUCACUUACUUACUUACUUACUUACUUACUUACUUACUUACUUACUUUAUUUAUUUAUUUAUUUAUUUAUUUAUUUAUUUAUUUAUUUAUUGUUUUUCAAGGCAGGGUUUCUCUAGCUUUGGAGCCUGUCCUGGAACUAGCUCUUGUAGCCCAGGCUGGUCUCAAACUCACGAAGAUCCACCUGCCUCUGCCUUCCGAGUGCAGGGAUUAAAGGCUUGUGCCACCGACA